AAUAGUGUUCAAUGCAAAAAGCAAUUGUCCAAAUCAUGUGAUUGCAAGUAAUCAAUUAAAUAACAACGAGAAUCUGUGACAAAAUGAGCGAAAGCUUCGAAGGGGUUCAUCGAACUGUCUGCAAUAUAAUAUCAUAUGGCGUGGGUCAUGUUCUUAAUGAUUUAUGUGCUUCCAUGUGGUUCACAUACUUGCUGGCGUACUUACAAGGGGUUGUUGAAUUUGAUUCGUACUUAGCAGGAUGUCUGCUACUCUUUGGUCAAAUAGUUGACGCAAUUUCAACACCUUUCGUUGGUAUAGAAAGCGAUGCCACCAGUGGAUUUUUUAACUAUGGGAAGAGAAAAAGCUGGCACUUACUUGGUUGCAUUUGCGUUGCCCUGUCAUAUCCAUUUAUAUUUUGUAACGUCUUCCAGUCUUACAACCCAUCAUCAACUGCAAAAUUUAUAUUUUAUGCACCUCUGGUGGCUAUAUUUCAAUUUGGCUGGGCCAGUUGUCAAAUUUCUCAUCUUUCUAUGAUUCCACUUUUGACAAAUAAGGAUUCAUUCAGAGAUGAAUUAAAUGCUUGCAGAUAUAUAUUUACAGUAUUAUCUAAUAUAACUGUAUAUUGUCUUAUUUGGAUCCUGUUGGGUAAUGAUAAAGAAUCUGCUUUAACACCAUCGGAUCAAAAAGUUUUCACAUACUUGGUGCUGAUAAUAGUAGGUAUAGGUAUCUGUUGUGUUAUAUUCUAUCAUGUUGGUUGUAAAGAGCCGUCUGUCAACCGACGUAUGAGUAAAUUAGUCUCAGAAAGUCAGAUUCAAACCUCAACAGAUGUGAAAAACCUUAAAGUCACCCCUUUGAUGUGGCUGAAGCAAAGAAAAUUUUAUCAGAUUUCAGUUAUUUAUAUGUGUACAAGAUUGAUUAUUAAUAUAUCUCAAACAUAUUUAACCAUGUAUUUACCGAAUUCAGUUGAUUUACAAAAAAAAUAUAUUGCCAUAAUUCCUCUCGUAGUUUUUGUCUCGAGUUUGGUAAAUUCGUUUCUUGUCAAAUACAUAGAUAAAGCUAUAGGAAGGAAGCUCACUUUUCUUACUGGCUUACUUUUAAUUGCUGGUUCCAGCACAUGGUUCAUGUUUAUCUGCAAAGAGAUUGGCUGUAAUAAGCAGGUUUUCGGAGCAGCAGUUUUACUUGGUGCCGGUGGUUCAACUCUUUUAAUAGAAUCAUUGUCACUUACUGCAGAUCUAAUAGGGUGCCAUACCGAGAGUGGGGCGUUUGUUUAUGGAUCCAUGAGUUUUACAGACAAAUUGUCAAAUGGUGUGGCCGUUAUGAUUAUCCAGCUAUACAAUCCCUGCGGUAAAUUGCAUAAAUGUGAUGCUGGAGCAGCUUACUUUAGAGACAUUAUGGUUUUUGUGCCGGCUGGUUCGGCAGCACUUGCUCUAUUAUUUCUAUUGUCUUUGUGCGGAGAUGACGUUGGAAAUUUGACUGUAAAGAAAAGGAAAAAAGCAACUGAAGAAGAUGCUUUACUUGGAAAUGAAACAAUUAGCUGA